CGAAUAACUUGCAUCGUCGUCUCGGGCAUCGAAUCUCAGAGAGGAAGAAUGAUAAGAAAUGGUUGAUCGGUGGUAAAAUCCAGGACGAGAAUGUCGAAAUUCAAAUCCAGGUUGAUUGUAUCCUGGGUUUUCCUCAUACAAUUCUUUUUUCAACCGUCAUCGACGAUUGCUGCUACCAGGAAGGAGAUUGGCUUUCCAGAUAGGCGCAUUUGCAGAACAACAGUUCAAGGAAGAUAUUUGUUAUCUGAUGAUAAUGGCUAUGUGUGUGAUGCUCUCUCGUUGGAUCCACAAUCCCGUUGCUGUCCUGAAAGAGGAGGCAAAUUCUCUUGCCAUGGAUGCAAUGUCCUUUCCAAGUGUUGUAACUCCUAUGAAUUUUGUGUUUCGUGCUGCCUACAUCCUGAACAAACACAGAAGGAACAAGUACUGAAACUAAAAAUGGCAAAGCCAUUGACAUCAGGGACAUAUCCAAGUGUCUUUGAUUUUUGUGCUGGGAGGUGUCGACAUAACUCUGAAAGUGUUGUUCACGAAAAUGCCUAUGUUAGUGAUUUUCAUCAUUGCUUUUCUCUGCCAUCAAAUUCUUCCGGGUCCACUGUCUCGCCUGUAGAAGCCAAACUAAAUGGUAUUAAUGUUGUUGUCGGAAGGCAAGGAGAGUCUUGUGAUUCAGUUUGCAAGUCAAAUGGAAAAUCAUGUGUACUAAAUAAGCUUUUGAUACUUAACCAGUGCGAUAUUAUGCAGAAGUAUAUGAGCUGCAAAGGAGCAUGCUUGGCAAGUGUUGGAGCCGAUCAACCUGCAGAAGUUGUAGACGAUGCUCCCAAACAUAUGAAUCCGGGAGCAUGCUUGUAUACUCGAACGCAAUCAAUGCUGUCCUGUGAUGGUUCUCAUCGGCAUACCAGGAGACUUUGCCCCUGUGCUUAGUGCAUAGCUUUGGUGAGUUAGGUUUUCUUAUCGAUUGUUAGGAAUUUUUUCACGGUCGGAAGUUAACUGCAUUGUUGCUGUGGUCUCGUUAGAAUAUUUCCGGGACAGUUUCAUAGAUGAAGCGUGUCUUAGAUCGGCCUAUUUAUUUUCCGGGUACUUCCCGAAGACUUGGGACUUUCAGGAGACAUUUUUUUGCAUGGUCGGUGUUUAGAUACGAAUACGAUAGAAGAGAAAUGUAUAGGGUUGUGCAUGUCUUGACAUUGUUGUAUAAAUUAAAAGCAAAAUGCCAUUGACAUACUGAUUUAAGUUCAAACAUUCUUGCAAUACAUCAAGAUAAUUAUUUA